GUACAGACCUCUCUCCAAACUCCACCACCCUUUUUGUUAAUGUUACGUGCAAAAAUGGAGUAUAAGUAUUCUGUAAUCUUGACAAAGGCAUUGAUAUUAUUAGUGCUUGUCAAUUGUGACCACUCUACAGCUGCGGAUCUACCGCAUGCUCAAGAUAGAAGUGGAGCUCCGUGUGUUAGGUGUAAUAUUGCUCCUGGUGCUCCAUGCCCAAAAAAGAAAGAUUAUUCCAGAACGUCAUGUGUUGGGUGCCACACGUUCAAAUCACCAUGCUGUGAUGGGACCGUUACUGACUACUUCCAAAGCGACCAGUUUGAGAACUUGUUCUCAAACCGGGACUCCCUUGAGGCCCAUGCAAAGGGCUUUUGGGACUACCACUCUUUUAUCACUGCCUCUGCUCACUACCAGCCCUAUGGCUUUGGUACUACCUACAUGAACUCGACCUUCUUUGGAAGCAAAGAAGUCGCAGCCUUUCUUGCCCAUGUUGGCACUAGAACCUCCUGUGGAAAUAAAGUGGCCACUAAGGAACUAUUGGAAUGGGGUUUAUGCUAUAAUAAGCAAAUGAAUUCCAACUCGAACAAUUAUUGUGAUAAGCACAACAAAAACAUUUAUCCAUGUGCUCCUGGAGUUGCAUACUAUGGCCGAGGUGCUUUGCCUAUUUAUUGGAAUUACAAUUAUGGAGAAGUCAGUAAAGAUUUAAAGGUGGAUUUGUUGAAGCAUCCUGAAUAUAUUGAACAAAAUGCUACCCUUAGCUUCCAAGUUGCAAUUUGGAGGUGGAUGACACCAAUUAUGGAGCAUCUACCUUCAGCACAUGAUGUCUUUACUGGCUACUGGAAACCCACUAAAAAUGACUCUCUCGCCAAGCAAGUUUCUGGUUUUGGAGCUACCAUAAAUGUGCUUUAUGGAGAUCUUGUUUGCGGUCAAGGUGAUAAUGAGUCCAUGAACAACAUUAUAUCCCAUUACCUAUAUUACCUUGAUCUUAUGGGUGUUGGCCGAGAAGAAGCAGGGCCUCAUGAAAUGGUCAGUUGUGCUGAACAAAUUGCUUUCAAUCCAUCCUCUUCGUUGUCUCCUUGAGCUUUC